AUGGCCAUCCCGUGCUGUGCCUCUGUCCUCAUCACCUUCCUAAACCAAAUUAAGGUCCCCAAGAUAGGGAGCCGGGUGUCCCCAGGUCCCACGUCCCCGCUGGGGGGCCAGCAGCCAAGUGUCACCGAGGCGGUGGCCAAAGACACUGGUGGCUCUGGCAAGGACAUGGCCAAGCCAGUGCUGCUCGGCAGAGCCUCCCCCACCAUCCUCCCGCACGAGGCCCAGACUGAGAGCUCCAGCUCCAGUUGCGAUGAUGGAGAUGAGCCAUCAGCCAGCUGGUUUAUCGCCUUCUUCAUGGGGGAAUCCGGGCUGGGCAAGUCCACCCUGGUCAACAGCCUCUUCUUGACGGACAUGUACAGAGACCGCAAACUGCUGAACGCCGAAGAGCGCAUCACACAGACAGUGGAGAUCACCAAGCACGUGGUGGACAUUGAGGAGAAGGGUGUCAAGCUGCGCCUGACCAUUGUGGACACUCCGGGCUUCGGUGACGCUGUCAACAACACAGAGUGCUGGAAGCCAGUGGCCGACUACAUCGACCAGCAGUUCGAGCAGUAUUUCCGUGACGAAAGUGGCCUCAACCGGAAAAACAUCCAGGACAACCGCGUCCACUGCUGCAUCUACUUCAUCUCGCCCUUUGGCCAUGGGCUCCGGCCCCUGGAUGUGGAGUUCAUGAGAGCAUUGCACCAGCGGGUGAACAUUGUGCCUGUGCUGGCCAAGGCUGACACUCUGACCCCCAUUGAGGUGGAGCGCAUGAAGAACAAGAUCCGGGAGGAGAUUGACCACUACGGCAUCCGCAUCUACCAGUUCCCUGAGUGCGACUCGGAUGAGGAUGAGGAGUUCAAGCUACAGGACCAGGCACUGAAGGAGAGCAUCCCCUUCGCUGUCAUCGGCAGCAACACAGUCGUGGAGGCCAAAGGCCGGCGCGUCCGCGGGCGCCUCUACCCCUGGGGCAUCGUUGAAGUGGAGAACCCGUCCCACUGCGACUUCGUGAAGCUGCGGACGAUGCUGGUGAGGACCCACAUGCAGGACCUCAAGGACGUGACGCGGGAAACCCACUAUGAGAACUACCGCACGCAGUGCAUCCAGAGCAUGACCCGCAUGGUGGUGAAGGAGAGAAAUCGCAACAAGCUGACACGGGAGAGCGGGACAGAUUUCCCCAUCCCUGUCAUCCCCCCGGUGCCGGAUGCGGAGACAGAGAAGCUCAUCCGGGAGAAGGACGAGGAGAUCCAGCGCUGGCACAGCCGCGAGGGGCCACCCUUCCUGCACCAUCCCAGAGGCUGCUGCUCCUCAGGGCAGGACAUGGAUGAGGUGCGACUCUCCCGGGUCUCCAGCCAGGACUACAGGUGCCUGGCAGAAGCCCUCAGAGUUGGCUGUGCUUGGGGAAACAGCACCAUCUAUUUGCGGCAUUGGUUUAUGAGUGCCUUUGUAGAGAAGACAAUGUGGCCUCCACGGUCGGAUGCCCGUGACCCAUCAGCAGGGCUGGAGAUCCAUCCCCAAGCCACAAGCUUGGUGUAG